AUGGUGAACCUCCAAUCCUUGACUGUGGCUGCAGCUGGUCUGCUGUUGCUCCCCUCUUCCCAAGCUGCCGGCCUCUACACCAAGAACUCAGGCGUUCUCAACCUCGAUGCUAGAAGCUACCGUUCGCUGAUCGCCAACUCAAACCACACCUCUAUCGUCGAGUUCUACGCUCCUUGGUGUGGUCACUGCCAGAGCCUCAAACCUGCCUACGAGAAAGCUGCCAAAUCUCUUGAUGGCGUUGCCAAAGUCGCUGCUGUCAAUUGCGAUGAAGAAGAGAACAAGGCUUUCUGUGGCAGCAUGGAUGUCAAGGGCUUCCCUACCUUGAAGAUUGUCCGUCCUGGCAAGAAGGCCGGAAGACCCACAGUCGAAGACUACCAGGGCCCUAGAACUGCAAAGGGAAUCGUCGAGUCUGUCAAGGACAAGAUCCCUAGCCAUGUCAAGAGAGUGACAGACAAGGAUCUCGAUAGCUGGCUGACCGAGAACAACUCUUCGGCUAAGGCCAUUCUGUUCAGCGAGAAGGGAGUCACCAGUGCCCUCCUCAAGGCCGUCGCCAUCGACUUCUUGGGAUCUAUCUCGGUCGCUCAAAUCAGGAGCAAGGAAGCCGCUGCCGUCUCUACCUUCGGUGUCACCUCGUAUCCCGCUCUUGUGCUCCUUCCAGGCGGUACUAAGGAUCCUGUUGUCUACUCCGGCGAGAUGAAAAAGGCUGCUAUCGUAGACUUCCUGUCGCAGGCUGCUACGCCAAACCCCGAUCCUGCUCCUGCAUCUUCCAAGUCGAAGUCAAAGUCAUCUUCAAAGGACGCCAAACAGUCCUCGAAGGCUUCAUCUAAGUUUUCAAAGGCAUCCUCUUCCCACCGCUCCGACGAAUCUGCCAGUAUCAAGGCUUCGCAGACCGCAGAGACUCUCGAAGAAAACAGCAACCCCACCGAGAGCCCCAACCCUCAAGUUGCCACCGAUGACACUCAGAAGCCUAUCCAGGUUCCCGAAGCGGCUCCUCAGAUCACCACACUUGAUACCACAGAGUCUCUGCAGCAAAACUGCUUGACAUCCAAGUCUGGUGUCUGCAUUUUGCUUCUUGCGCCAUCUGCCUUUAUUCAAACCACAGACUCACCCGUCUCCAAGGCUGCCAGUGCUCUCUCCGAGAUUCACCACAAGCACACCAAGCGUGGAGCCAAGCUCUUCCCGUUCUACAACGUCCCUGCAUCCGCAUCUUCCGAACUGCGCACAGCCUUGGGUUUCAGCGAUGACUCUCUCGAGAUUGUCGCCGUCAACGCCAAAAAGGCAUGGGUUAAGCGCUACUCGGGCAUUUCUGAUGUAAGCCACAAUGCCAUCGAUGAUUGGGUGGACUCGAUCCGCAUGGGCGAGGGCAAGAAGGAGAAGUUGUCAGAGAGUGUCAUUGUUGAAGCUGCUGAGAAGCAAACUCCACCUGUUGCUGAGAAGCCAGAGGAGAAGGUUCAGAUGACCAUGGAGGAGUUGGAUGAUGAGCAGUACGAAGCUCUGAUGAAGGCUCACAACUUGAAGCCCAUUGAGACUGAGGAGCAGGCUGCUCACGAUGAACUUUAG